AGGAGGAGUCCGCAUUCAGAAGCUCAGUGAGUAGCAGCGGAGAAGUUCACUUUACCGCCGAAGCGCGGGUCCCCGGUGACCGAGCUGCCCCAGCUUCCUGUUAAACCGGCGGUGACAGCUCGCAGCUCUAAUUGAUGAAAAGCCUCUUCUCUCUGUCCCCCGGUAACACAGCAACUGCAAAGGCGAUUACAUGACGGUUGAUUGCAGACAGACAGGUGGUGAAGGAAUGUGUAUGCAAAGCUCAGAAAAUGAAUGAAACAGUUUGUGUACCUGGUGUCUCCCAACCUGCGCUUACAGAAUUUUGUGAGAAGCCACAUUGCUUUCCCUGAGACCAGCGCCAAAGCUUCGUUAUGGGGGAAGAGAGAAGUCUGGCCGUGUCGCAAAAGAUGCUUUCUCCAUCUCGGAGUACUAGCAGCUGCUCCUCCAAGUUGGGGAGUCGCCAGGAUAGCUGGGAAAUAGUCGAAGGCAUACGUGGCAGUGCAAGCUGCAUCGAGGAACCAUGGAAACUAGAAGGCUUCCUGCUGAAGAAAAGAAAGUGGCCGCUGAAAGGUUGGCACAAGAGAUAUUUUUUUCUGGACAAAGGAAUCCUGAAGUAUGCCAAAGGCCCGACUGAGAUGGAGAAGGGAAAACUGCACGGCUGCAUUGAUGUUGGUCUCUCUGUGAUGUCUGUCAAAAAGUCAACAAAGUGUAUAGAUUUGGAUACAGAAGAACAUAUAUACCACCUGAAGGCAAAGUCUCCAGAAGUUUUUGAAGAAUGGGUGCUAAAACUUCGUGAUCACCGCCUCUACCGGCAGAAUGAAAUAUCGGUGUUUCCACACGAUCUGAACCUUCCCUUUUUCCCAGUGCUUUCCAACACUGAGUCAUCUUCCAGUUUUGAUCCAGUGUCAUCUCAACAGGAAUCCAACUUCAAUAGGAAGAAUUCUUUGAAGCUCGGACCCAGUCUGCCAUUUGACACGAGAAUACCAGCUUGGCUCCAGUCUUCUGAUGAUAUGGAAAAGUGUGCAAAAGACCUUGCCCAGUGUCACGGUUAUUUGCUGGAAAUGAGUCAGCUUCUGCAAAAUAUGGACGUUCUUCAUAGGACAUACUCGGCACCUGCAAUAAAUGCUAUCCAGGUAAAUGCUUUCGAAAGCCCUAAAAAAGAAAAAGGAAUACACAGAAGGAAGUGGCGGACAAAAGGAAUGAGCAAAGAUUCCAAAAGAUCACUGCAGGUGCCACCAACCAUGUCUGGCAACAUGAGGUUACACGCUUCCAACCCAAACUUAUCUACCAUCGAUUACGUGGAGGAAAAACAAUACUCCACUAGCUCCGAAAGCUCAGAGUUUACCAAAAUGCAAGAUGAUCUGUGUCAUAUAGCACACAAAGCUUAUUCUACUUUAAAAUCUGCUUAUAGCACAGUCUUCACAGAGAGAGAAAAACUGAAACAAAUGCUGGAACAAGUCUCUUCUCCAUCUGCUCAAAUUGAGGUCCCAUGCGAGGACAGCAAACCUCUGGUCCAUCAGAUGUCCAAUGAAAGUAGACUGUCAAUCACAGACUCCCUCACUGAGUUCUAUGAUGCUCAGGAAGUGCUACUAUCAUCGAGCUCAUCUGAGAAUGAAAUAUCAGAUGAUGACUCGUAUGUUAGUGAUAUAAGUGACAACAUUUCAGAGGAUAAUCUAAGUAAUGAUAUUGACAAUGAAAGACAGUCUUUAGAUUCAGCUGGUGUCACAACGGUGGAUGGUUGCAUAAAAAGCCGUACUUGCCUUCCUGCCCCGUGCCCAAACACAAGUAACAUUAGCUUGUGGAACAUCCUUCGGAAUAACAUUGGCAAGGAUCUGUCCAAGGUGUCCAUGCCAGUGCAGCUCAAUGAGCCCCUUAAUACUUUGCAGAGGCUCUGUGAGGAACUUGAAUAUAGCGACUUGCUGGACAAGGCAGCUGAGACUCAGGACCCAUACGAAAGAAUGGUUUACGUUGCCACUUUUGCAGUAUCUGCAUAUGCGUCUAGCUUCUAUAGGGCUGGAAGCAAGCCUUUUAACCCUGUGCUGGGAGAGACAUAUGAAUGUAUUAAAGAGGACCAAGGCUUUAAAUUCAUAGCAGAGCAGGUCUGCCACCACCCUCCAGUAUCUGCUUGCCAUGCAGAUUCUGACAAAUUUGUAUUUUACCAAGAUAUCCGGUGGAAAAAUAAAUUUUGGGGCAAAUCUAUGGAAAUUGUACCAAUUGGUACAACACAUUUAAUCCUACCCGGGUUUGAGGACCACUAUGAAUGGAACAAAGUGACCUCUUGCAUCCAUAACAUUUUAAGUGGCCAGAGAUGGAUUGAACAUUAUGGCGAGAUAAUAAUCAAGAAUACCAAUAAUAACUACUGUCAUUGUAAAGUAACCUUCAUGAAGGCAAAGUAUUGGAAUCCAAACGUGCAUGAAAUCGAAGGAACGGUGAUGGACAGGAAUGGCAAGGUGGUGCAUCGGCUGUUUGGGAAGUGGCAUGAAAGUCUUUUUUAUGGCUCACCUUCUUCACCGACGUGCAUCUGGAGAGCACACCCCGUGCCUAAAGACUCUGAGCUGUACUAUGGAUUCACAAAGUACGCAUUGGCAUUAAAUGAAAUGGAACCAAAGAUAAGACCACAUCUGCCGGGGACUGACACUAGAUUUAGACCAGACCAAAGAUAUCUUGAAGAAGGAAAUGUUGAGGCAGCUGAAAUGCAAAAACAAAGGAUAGAACAGCUGCAAAGAGAGCGAAGGAGGGUUCUGGAGGGGAACAAUAUGGAGCAUCAACCUCGAUUUUUCAGAAAAACAGAAGAUGAUUCAUGGGUUUCAAACGGAACAUACUGGCAACUGAGAAAAGACCCAGGGUUUUCUAAAAUGGACUGUCCAAUAUUGUGGUGAUGAACGGAUGGAUCUGCACCAAACACUGUUUAGAAUUUUG